AUGCCUUACUUCGUAAUUAACGGUAAACCCGAUUGUCCGAAUUUCGUACACGCUAUUUAUGUAGCCCAAUAUUUGGCAGAUAAACUUCCAAAUUUUGUUUUCAAAAAAGUCGAAAAAUUAGCUAAAGAUUGGGCAGUUUAUCUGGAACAUCUGAAUAAAGAAAAUACUUGGUACAUAACCGAGAGCCCAUUAAUAUGGAAAGAAAUAAACAUGUGGGGAGGAAAAAAAUAUCUAAUUGGUGGAUUAGCCGAAUUUUGGGAACACGUUUAUUGUUAUUACGGUUUAGAAUCGUUAAUUUCAAAACAGGAAUUGGAGUAUCUCGCUGAGGAUAAUUUAAAAUUUUUUCUGGAAAAUUCGGAAACCGCUAGGAAACGAGCCGUACAAGUGAUAACGAUUUUGGGGGCUUCGAAUCCCCAAACUUGCUUUUUGAUAAACGAAUUGGUCGAAAUAAAAGAAUUAUGGAAAUCUCAAGGCAUGGUAUUCAAAUUAUUCGAUUAUUAUCAAAAUAUCGAUAGUAAAAAAUACGAAACUAUGCAGCAGUACGCAAGUUAUUUAAACGAAAGUAAAAUAUUCGGUAAACACGACAUGGUCUUUGUGUGCGAAACUAAAACUCAAGUAAUGCAAGAUGCAGACAUCGUUAUUAAUAUCGAAGAAUUUUCUAGACAUGACGUCGAAACGGAAGAAAUGUUUUUGAGACGUUGUUAUUGCCGAAUGGACAUAUUGGCGGGAUUUGUCAACAGUCACAACAAACGUAGCACUAAAAUAAUAAUGGCGAACAACGGACCAGUUUGUUUUUUAACGUCGUGUUUAUCGGUGGCUUGUCGAUCGAAAAAAUUUAAAAAUAUCGUCGCCAUAACGGCCGAUAAGGGAUUCCCGUAUAUAAAAAGCGUUUCGGCUAAAACCGGGGUGCCGGUGAGUAGAAUUAGCGCUCCGGCAGUUUGGGGAUUCGUGGGUACAAAUCAUUUCGUAGACGUGAGGAAUAUUAUUUAUAAGGCCGACAUGAGAAUGCCAUUCAAAAGGAGUCUGUCGUCUCCUAAAGGUUCUACUUUACCUUUAGGAAUAGCCCACGCCGAAAUUAGAAUGAUGUCGUAUUUACUAAAAACUUCGAACGACAUAACGAACGAAACCGAAGAUUUCGCGAAAGAAUUACAAACAAAAUUACGUCGCCCGCCGAUAUUCAGUAAAGUGAGAGCGAUAACGUCGCUUUUGAAAUUGUGGACCGCCGAAGAAAUCGGCGACGAGAUUAUAUCGUUGGGAGUUUGUUCUGACGGAUCAUUCGGUAUACCGAAGGGCGUGGUAUUUUCUCAACCCGUCAAAAUGGAUCGUACAAGAAGAUGGACGCCGUUUAGGAAUUUUCCGUUAAUGAACGAAGUUACGAAAAGGGAAAUUAAAUAUUGUUGUAACAAAAUUCACGGUAUAUUGGAACAAUAUAAAUUAUUGGAGGUGUUGGAUCAUAAGAAGUUAUUCGAAACAGAAGAAGAAUACGACGCUUACGAAAAAUAUUUGAGUAAUUUGCAAACCAACGGGGAACAAUUCGCUCGUAGCGAUUCUAGCGAUAGGACUUUUUGA